UCUAAACUCUAAAGUCUCUCUCCUCUUUCCCCAUUUUCAGCCAGUAGCCAUUAGAGCUCCGAUUGAAGCUCCAUUACCAAACCUUCACUUACCCAAUUACCAAAGCUUAAAUCUUUAAUCCAUAAUCAUUUGAUUGAAUAAUGCAAAAGAAGAUGAAGUUUUGAAAAGUAGCAUCUCUUUUGCAAUUGAAGCUCCAAUGAAUCACACAAGAACAAUCUGCAAAUACGCAAUUUCAUCAAGGAUUCUUCUCCUAACCCUAAUUAUUUUAUGGAGAUCUCUUCUCAGUCCUUAUGAUACUUCUGCAUCUAUAAACCCUAAUUGCCUUUCUGAUUCUUCCCGAUCAACAAAACCCCCAAUUUUAUUCCCUUCAAUUGCUUCCGCCAUUGAAGAAAGCAUUGUUUGGGAUUCAGUCUUCUUCGUUCGAAUUGCUGAAUGCGGUUACGAGUACGAGCAGUCUUACGCCUUCUUCCCUCUCUUUCCCAUCCUCAUUUUCCUACUUUCUAAUUCAGUUUUCCUGCCGUUGAUUUCGGUAAUCGGGUAUAGAGCUGUGCUGGGAUUGUCUGGUUAUGUGAUCAGCAAUGUUGCCUUUGUCUUUGCUGCACUAUCUUUAUACAGGCUUUCGGUGGUCAUUUUAAAGGAUCGGAAUGCAUCUCUGUGUGCAUCUAUCUUGUUCUGCUUCAAUCCAGCUUCGAUAUUUUACUCAUCAAUUUAUUCGGAAAGCUUGUAUGCUCUACUAUCAAUUGGUGGUAUGCAUCUUUUGAUGUCUGGGGUAAACAAUGUUCCUGCUCUAUUGUUUGCGCUCUCUGGUUCUGCAAGGUCGAAUGGAGUGCUUAAUGGUGGAUAUUACGGUUUUAAGGCCCUGCACCAGUCUUAUUAUGCCAUGUAUGUGAAGAAGCGUGCUAAUUUGGUUCUACAGAUUCUUUUUGCAGGAGCAUUGCGGUGUAUAUGUGUUUUCAUUCCCUUCCUUGCAUUUCAAGCUUAUGGCUAUUAUAAUAUCUGCCAUGGACGCAAUCCAGAUGAAAUGAGGCCUUGGUGCAAAGCAAAGAUUCCUUUGUUAUAUGGUUUUAUCCAGAGUCAUUACUGGGGUGUUGGCUUUUUGCAGUAUUUCCAAUUUAAGCAGCUACCAAAUUUUCUGCUCGCAUCUCCUGUGCUAUCUUUGGCAAUUUGCUCAAUUAUUUCUUACUUGAAAGCUGAUCCAGAGAACUUCUUUUCACUUGGUUUUAGAGCAGCAUUAAAGAAAAACAAUGCAGCUUCUUUUCUCUUCUCUAGAGAGGAAGAGCCAGUGGAAGAUGAUAAUCACUCUGCUGCAAACGAAGAGCCUACAAAUGUGAGGCGACGACCAAAGUCCGUGACAGUUGAAAGAUCUGCGUUUCCUAAAGAGAAUCAGGUCUCAGUUAAAUCUGGAUACUAUUCGGCAAGUGUGAUUCCUUACAUUAUUCACUUGAGCUUCAUGGCUGCCACGGCCUUCUUUGUCAUGCAUGUUCAGGUUGCAACUCGGUUUUUAUCUGCUAGUCCGCCUCUCUACUGGUUUGCCUCUUGCUUGAUGACUUCUUGUGGAAAGAGUUGGCGAUGGGCACAGUUGAUAUGGGCAUAUGCUGCCUUGUACAUACUCCUUGGUAGUCUGCUUUUUUCAAAUUUCUAUCCAUUUACUUAAACAUUAAGGAGGUAUUAAGGUCAUUUAUACUCGUGGAAAUUUUAACAAUAGUAAUUAAAUUUUGGAAUGUAAUUUUGUGCGUCAUUUUUAUA